AUGAUUGGCAACAUUCAGGUAACUACAGAGGAUAUUUCCUGGAAUGAAUCAAUAAGUGAAACAAAUCACUCCACGGUGACUGAGUUCAUUUUUCUGGGACUCUCCAAUUCUCAGGAACUCCAGAUUUUCCUACUUGUGUUCUUUUUUGUAUUCUAUGUAGGAAUUGUGUUUGGAAACCUUCUUAUUGUCAUAACUGUGACUUCUGAUUCCCACCUUCAUUCCCCCAUGUACUUCCUGCUCGCCAACCUCUCACUCAUUGAUCUGUGUCUGUCUUCAGUCACAGCCCCCAAGAUGAUUGCUGAUUUUUUCAGUAAAUGUAAGGUCAUCUCAUUCAAGGGCUGCCUUGCUCAGAUAUUUCUGCUUCAUUUCUUUGGUGGGAGUGAGCUGGUGAUCCUUAUAGCCAUGGCCUUUGACAGAUAUGUAGCAAUCUGUAAACCUCUUCGCUACACUACAAUUAUGCGUGGCAAUGUAUGUGUUGGCUUUGUGGCUGCUGCGUGGGGAACUGGCUUUCUCCACUCAGUGAGCCAGUUGGCCUUUGCAGUGAACUUACCUUUCUGUGGUCCCAAUGAGGUAGACAGCUUUUAUUGCGACCUUCCUAGGGUCAUCAAACUUGCCUGCACAGAUAGCUAUAGGUUGGAUAUCAUGGUCAUUGCUAACAGUGGUGUGCUCACCGUGUGUUCUUUUUUUCUCCUAAUCAUCUCAUACACUGUCAUCUUAGUGACCAUCCAGCAUCUCCCUUCAGAGAGGUCAUCCAAGGCUCUGUCUACUUUAACUGCCCAUAUCACAGUAGUUCUUUUGUUCUUCGGACCAUGUAUCUUCACUUAUGCCUGGCCAUUCCCCAUCAAGUCACUAGACAAAUUCCUUGCUGUCUUUUAUUCUGUGGUCACUCCUUUCUUGAACCCAAUUAUAUACACACUGAGGAACAAAGACAUGAAGAUUGCAAUGAGAUGGCUGAGAAAAUGGAGUAUCAAUUCUAGGAUAAAGUCUUAA